UCCAAGAUGUCUGCGCCCAUGAAUGAAAGUUUUGCCAGGAAAAGGCGUAAAGAAACGGAUAUUUUAGAGAAACCAGAGAAUGAUUGCCAUUCAAACCAGAAUGAAUUGAAAGAUACAAAUUGGAUCUUCGAUGGGAGACUUCUGUAUUCAUUGAUCUGUCUUUUUUAUUUUGCAAUCUUUGUGUUUGUCCAGUACCGAAUAAAUCACUUCCCUGAACCGCAAACUCAUCUAGCAAAUUCACCUAAAGAUGCUUUUUAUGAAAGCAAUGCUAGGAUUCAUCUGGAACAUUUCGCUCUUCAUGGACCAAGGGUGGUUGGAAGUAAAGCAAAUGAAAUUCAUGCGUACAAUUACAUACAUGAAGAACUAAAGAAAAUAAAAAAGAGUAGUCUCCCUUCUAAGGAAAUUCUUAUUGAUGAACAAAAUGUAACAGGAACCUUUGAUAUUGCCUUUUUGUCAGACUUUGUGAGUGUUUACAGAAACAUCAAGAAUAUUGCAGUAAAGAUAACAUCAGAGACGGGGUCGCAGCACAGCUUGUUAAUGAGCUGUCACUUCGAUAGUUCUAUAGAUAGUCCUGGGGCUGGAGACAAUGCAAUAAGUUGUGCAAUUAUGAUAGAGAUUAUCCGAGUGUUAUCACAGUCCACUACACCAGUUCAGCAUAGCAUGGUCUUUCUCUUUAAUGGGGCAGAAGAAAACUUAUUACAGGCUAGUCAUGGAUUUAUCACGAAGCAUCCUUGGGUUGACUCUAUUAAAGCAUUUGUUAACAUUGACUCUGCUGGCAAUGGUGGAUGGGAAGUUGUCUUUCAAACAGGGCCACUUCACCCAUGGUUGACGAGAGCUUAUGCAGAGUCAGCACCCUAUCCAAGUGGAUCCAUUCUUGGUCAGGAAUUGUUUCAGAGUGGUAUCAUACCCUCAGAUACAGACUACAGGAUAUACAGAGACUUUGGUGACAUUCCAGGUUUGGAUAUAGCAUACAUCACCAAUGGAUACGUAUAUCAUACACAAAAUGAUCAGAACAGAUUUAUACAUCCUGGAUGUCUACAGAGGGGAGGUGAAAAUUUAUUGGGUGUCCUAUGGAAGCUGUCUACAAGUUCCCACCUGGCAGACCCGGGUCCUGAGAGAGACGGCACUAUGAUAUUCUUCGAUCUUGUUGGUUAUAUGAUGAUUUAUUACCCACAACGUGUAGCUGUCGUCAUUAACAGUGCUCUCAUGGCAGCCAUCUUGUUCAGAAUUUUGCGUAAAACUUUCAACAUAGAUAGAUCUGAUAAUCAUGAUGUGAAGUAUUUCCAGAAUCUUGUGAAGGCGAUAGUUUUCAUGAUCAUGACUUGGAUUGUCAUUGUACUGACCACUGUUGCCAUGGCGAUGUUAGUUACUCUUUUUGGUCGCAACAUGAGCUGGUUUACACACAACUAUAACCUUGUUCCUCUGUUUUUGCUUCCGUCAUGUGUCACUGUACUUCUGCUGCAUGAGUUCUUGAAGAGCAGACUAUUUAAGAAUAAUGUAUCCUGGUACAAUGAGCAGAUGUUUUUUGAAGCCAACAUGACAAUCUGGAGUGUUAUAAUGGUGGUUCUAACAAUAAAGGGGAUAGGAAGUGCCUUCUUCCCUAUGUUGUAUGUUCUGGGACCACUUUUCAUCAGGGAUAGAACACUGUGGAUCUUCAAAAAUAGAAACUGGAAAGGUCAUCCAUAUAGAUUUCUCUGCCUACACAUGUUAUCUCUGUUAGUGCCAAGUUUGAUUACAAUCUACAUGGGAAAUGCUGUUUUAGUUUUGUUCCUUCCAAUUGUGGGAAGGACUGGUACAGAAAUAAAUUCUGAUAUUACAAUAGGAGUCAUUUGCUCAUUGUUCCUGAUACUUCUGUCAGGGUAUUUAGUUAGUCUAAUAUAUUUGUGUAGUAAUAUGAAGAAAGUCAUAUCAUUCCUGAGUGCCAUAUCAGCUGUCUGGCUCCUGGCCAUACUUUUCACGCCACUGGGAUUUCCCUACAGUGGGAACCAGCAACAGCCUUCACCAAUGAGAUUAUUAUCUUUGCAUGCAAGAAGAAGAUCUCAUGACAUUCAAGGAACAAUGACAUACGAGGACUCAGGAAUAUGGUUAAUACCGUUUGACUACAACAACAACAAACAGCUGAUUGCUGCCAUGCCACAGCUGCAAACAGCAGAAAAAGUGCAAUGUCAUCUCGGCCCCUAUUGUGGGAUGCCUUUCAUCAUACCUGUCAUAGAUAUGCUUCAUCCAAAGAAUAGUUUAUAUAUGCGAGUAAACAAACACGACAGACCAGAUGUGAUUUGUAAGAAAGUCAAAACAGAGAAAGAUGAGAUAGGCCUUACAAAAAUGACUUUUGAAGUUACAGGUCCAGAUCAUAUCACCUUACAAGUACGACCACAUCACGGUGUGUCCCUGCAGAGGUGGAGUGUAAGUGAAUACAGGCCAUAUCCAGCUGCCAUGCCGUCUGAUGUAAAUGAAACUACAUACUUUGUAUAUUACUCGUAUGGUGAGACCCCAGCAACACCAUGGACAUUUUCUCUACAUUUCAAGGUACCACACCAUCAUGAUACUAGUAAAGGAAUAGUUGAUAUUGGCUUGGCUGGACACUAUUUACACAGUGAAAAUAAACACACACUAGAGAUGGAUACCUUCCUUGCACAAGCUCCUGAUUGGACAACUCCUGUAACAUGGUCCGCCUCCUGGGACGGCUUUGUAUUUUAAGGCAUUUCAUUGGAUAGUUCUGAUACUGCUUGCAUAUGUAUUGUUGAUGUUGAGUAGCUUUUCAGCUAGGUCUUAUGAAUUGGUUUCCAAGUUAAAGCCAUAUUCCACUAUUGAGGAAUUUAAGAAAUUUUAUUUUAAAAGGAUAUUGACUAACUUAAUUGACAGGGAUUUAGAUAAGUCAUGGUAUUCAAGUUUAUACUGAUAAUUAGUACCGUAGAUAGGGUAAUUUUCAUGUGAGUUUAAUUUAGCAGUUUCAUCACUAGCAGCCUUAUAUGUCAUGUUAAGCAUUUGCAAAACGUGUUUGUGUUUUAUGAUGUGAUGCAGAUAAAUAUUCACAACUAUUUUUAUUUAUGAGAGACAUGAUUUGUGACUUUUGGCAAAAAUGAAGCUUGACAAAUAUUACCCAAUUUACAGUAACUAAGAUUUAGAAGGAAAGAGUACAUGUAUAUACAGAGUAAGAAAGAAGAAUUCUCCUGUUACCAGUGUUGCUUUAAUUUUAGUGAAGUGGCAAUGCCUUGAUAACUAGCCUUUCCUCUAGGAGUUGCUUAGGAGAAAAAAAUUGAUGUCCAAUUUUGAAAACUUGCUGUUCAUUGCUUUUACUGUUCUCGAAUAGCAAACAGUGCAGACCAUGAUCUUGGUCUGCACCGGCCGCAAAGACAGAAUCACGCGCCACCAGCAGACUAAAGGUUUAGAAGAUAGAACACUACCAAGCAAAAUAAAAGCAGACUUGGGAGGUAAUGAAAUGUGCAGUGCCCACAUGCCUCCUAACUCCGGCUUAAGUGGAAGUCUGUUACUCACGAUAUUAAAAUUGAAUAGACUGCAUGAUCACAUAUUAAAACAAUAUGCUGAACUAUUUUUGUUAUAACAUAACAGUGUUUAAUUGGGUAUUAAUUGUUCUUAUUUAAGUGUUUAGUGUUUACUUAGGAGGUAGAAGCUUUUAAAGCUUUCAAGGUAUGAAGUAGAGUAGUAUACAGUUUUAGAGCAUUUAGUAUACAUUCCAUCUGAGAACUAGGUAUUUUGAAUAUGUAUUAUAAUGAAACUAGUCUAGGUUUUUCAAACAUUUUGUGAUCAUCAAACAAGGUGUUUGGAUCCUAUCUGGUAGAUUUGAUAUUGUCUGUUUUUAAGCAUACCUACCAAGCAAUUCAUUGUCAGGCUGAAGUAGUUUUAAUCUUUCACUCUUGUUCACCAGUGACAAGAUGUUCAUAAAGAACUUGUGUGAGCUUUGAAGGGGCAAUAUUUCUUUAUGAGCCUUUAAAUUGUUAAUUUGUUGUGAAGUAGAAAGUGUGUAGGAUGACCGGAAUGUGUUGUUUUUGGUAUAUUAAAACACAAGCAGAUCUGCUACAUGCACAAUGUCAUGUUGCACUACAUAAUUAACUCUUCCUGGCAGAUUUUGCUACAGAUAGAAUUUACCAUGUUAUUUAGUUCUAGUAGUAUGUAGCUGGGUCACAUGUCAUUUUUAGAUGUGAUUAUAUCACUAUUAUUUAUUAAAUUUGCAUCAUUUUGAAUUGCACCAGCUGCCUAGUUAUUCACACCAAAUUUUGUAAGCAUUUCUAUUGCAGUAUUGAAUGUUUUCCACAGGAUGAUAUAUAUCUUUAUUACACAGUUUUUACAUCUUCUAGCUUAAUACAGCACUGAUCUACAAGCCUGAUAUAUUCCAAGCCGUAUCAGGCUAGAAGAUUUACCUAGCAAUUUUUCAAUAUAAAAAAAAUCCCAUGCACAGAAGCUGACAAUCUUAGAUUAUUAGGCUUAAAAUAAAAAAAAUAGAAGACUUGCUAAAGCUUGUCUUUCAGUUUCUUCAAACAGUCACCAACUAAACUAAUAUUGCUUGCUGUUGUGCAUGUAAUUCUAAUAUAGUUCUCUACUUUUAGCUUCAUUUCUUGUUUAUAGCACACCUUAACUUUGUUCAGAAUGAGUUAUAAGUAUUGGUUGAUGGUUCAGCAUCUGUUGUCCACUAUCCUGCUUCAACAUUUUUACUUAAAAAUCUAUGGGUCAGAAUUGCACCAAAUUUAGUCAGUAGCAUCUGGCAUUAUCUUGUAUAAAAUUUGUUGUUUGACCCUAUUUAGGGGCUGCCAGGGUGAAAAAAAAAAUAAAAUAAAAACCUUGAAAUGACUUUCCAUGAACCUCUUAUUGGCUGUUCAUCAGACUUGGUCUAUGGCAUCAUUGCAAGGCCCUCUCACAAAAUUCUUCAAGUUGGGGUACUUGGCCGCCCCUUUUGGGGACCACUAAAGCAUAAAAUAGAAAACACUUAAAUGACUAUUUCUUAUGAACAGCCAGAUGGAUCUUCAUCAAACUUGGUCAGUAGCAUAACUUUAAGGUCCUCUCCCAUCAUUUUACAAGUAGGGUUGAGCGCU